CCCGGAAGUAGUUAGCAUCCGCAACAAUUAGCAGGGGUUAGCUUUGUGGUUCAUGUUGUGAAUAAAGGACGCUUUAUAUAGCAGAAUGUCAGAGCAAAGGAUAACUGUGACAGUCGCUUACGGAUCCACUAAACACAGCAUCACACUAACAGGCCAAGAUGAUGGCAAGGGUCCUAAUGUUAAAGACCUGUCAGAUGCUCUCACUCAGGCCACUGGAGUCCCAUCCGCCUCACAGAAGCUCAUCUUUAAAGGGAAGUCACUCAAAGACAUGGAGGAGAGCCUAUCUAGCUAUGGAGUCAAAGAAGGCAGCAAACUCAUGAUGAUUGGAAAGCGGAACAGUCCCGAGGAAGAAGCUGAACUGAAGAAGCUAAAAGACAUCGAGAAGUCUGUGGAACAGACAGCUAAAAAGCUUGAGAAGGUAGAUGGGGAGCUGACUGGACUAAAAAAUGGCUUCCUGGCCAAAGACCUUCAAGCAGAGGCGCUGGGCAAAUUAGACCAUAGAGUGAAAAUAGCAGCUGAGCAGUUUAUGAAGAUCCUGGAGCAGAUAGAUGCUAUGAGUGUCCCAGAAAAUUUUAGUGACUGCAAAAUGAAGAAAAAGGGACUUGUAAAGACAGUGCAGGAUUUCCUUGCCCAGUGCGACAAGAUCGAGGCUUGUAUAUCAGACCACCUAUCAAAGAUCCAGUCGAAAAACCUUGCCCUGGCAGAGUAGUGAAGUCUCCCAUAUCAUGUGCUAUAUAUUGCUCUGUGAGCAAUUUCCAAGUAUACAGAGAGCUUCAAGUGUGAAGCACAUCCUGCUUUAUUUAUUGUUGGUGUGAUGUGUAGGACAGUCUUCAUCACAAGGGAUUCUGUGAAAAGAAGGAUGCUGGCAACACACUGUCUGGGUUAGAGACAGAUAUGUAAUGUUGUCUGACACUCUUUGAAAAGAUCAGAGGUGCUUUGAACUGCAGCAGAUUAUGUAGAUCCUUCAGAGCAUCCAAACCUAAUGGUGAAGAGAAUUGCCAAAGCCAAAUGCCUAUGAAAAAAAUCACCCGUGUGUCACCUGCUAUUCCUCAAACUAUACAAUAACAGAGAGAACAUGUUUUUCUCUGUGUACCAAUUACAGCGUGCGCCUUAUGGCCCAAAGUAUAUGGACACCCCAACAUUGUACCCAUGUUGAAAUUCCAUAAUAACACAGAUUAUUCUACAUUAAUAGCUGCAUCCACUCUUUGGGAAUGCUAUUUUCAAGAAUAGGGUUUGAGGGAAGGGACCUACUCCAAAGUAGGACUGAAAUUGUAUUUUAUUGUCACUUUUCUUCAUAUCAUAAAUGCUUAUCUUUUGAUUUUAGAGUGCCAGUCCCACAACAGCAAUGUGGUGGCAUUAGGAAUUAUGUGUCAUGUGCAUUUCUCUUAAUAUGAUUACAUUUCAUUGACCAAAGAAUAAAAUGAUUGAUGAAACGGUUGUUUGUUGUAGCCCCAGCCCAUAAAGUAAAAUGGACUGAGGACAACACAGUGCUGUCAACAUACUUUUGGUCAUAUGAUGUAUGCAUUUAUUAUUCUACCUUAUGAAAAACUUGAGUUAAAUCUAGCAUCUGACCCCAUGUGAUAAUGUGUCUUUUGUGGAACUGUAAUUGCUUUAAACCAUCAUUCAGUCUGACACAUCACAUCCACUUUCCUUUGUUUUAAAAUAAACCUUUUUGAAAAAUGAAAA